AUGUCCUUCACGAAUGUCGCUAUGCUCAUCCUCAACGAGCUCGGCAAACACCGCGACGAAGAGACGGGAAAAUUCGACCUCGAUGCCUUCAAAAUCGUUUACAUCGCCCCGAUAAAGGCGCUGGUGCAGGAGAUGGUCGGCAACUUCUCGUCCAGGUUGAAGGUUUUCGGCAUCACCGUUGGAGAACUGACUGGCGACUCGCAAAUGACGAAACAGCAAAUUGCAGAGACUCAAAUUAUCCUCACGACGCCCGAAAAGUGGGACGUCAUUACACGGAAGAGCACAGACACGUUACACAAAUCUCGGCUUGUUUUGGAGAGCAUCAUCGCUCGAACUAUUCGACGGAUGGAGCAGACAACUGAGUACGUCCGCCUUGUGGGGUUGUCUGCCACUCCUCCCAAUUAUCAGGAUGUCGCCACCUUCCUGCGUGUCGACGACAAGAAGGGUCUUUUCUACUUUGAUUCGACCUACAGGCCUUGUGGGCUGCAACAACAGUUCAUUGGUGUCACAGAGAUGAAGGCAAUCAAGCGAUACCAGAUCACCAACGAGGUCUGCUACGAGAAGGUGCUGGAUCAAGCGGGUAAGAACCAAACCCUGGUCUUCGUGCACUCUCGCAAAGAAAUCGCAAAGACAGCCAAGUUUUUGCGCGAUAUGGCCGCCGAGAAGGAAACGAUUACCCAAUUUGUCAAGCCUAACGCUGCCGUCCGCGAAAUUCUAGCCGAGGAGGUAAACAACGUCAAGGACAGCAAUUUGCGCGACCUUCUUCCUUUCGGUUUCGGUUUUCAUCUGGAAUGUCUCCAGCUCCCGAUCGAGUCGCAAUUCGUGUCUAAACUGGCCGACAACCUCAAUGCAGAAAUAGUCCUCGGAACGAUCAGAAACCGAGACGAAGUUGUCCAGUGGAUCGGCUACACCUAUCUGUAUGUUCGCAUGCUGAAAUCCGACAUUGUCCAUUCUGCCGCCGUUCUGCCCCAGAGUACUAAGCUUGGUCGCAUCGCGUCGCAUUACUACGUGACCUACAACUCGAUGAUGACGUACAACCACCAUCUGCGGCCAACGAUGUCGACCCUCGAACCUUUCCGUGUCUUCGCGUUGUCAAAUGAAUUCAAGCUUCCCGUUCGACAAGAGGAAAAGCUGGAGCUGGCGAAACUUCUCGAGAGGGUCCCGAUUCUUGUUAACGAGAGCGUCGAAGAGCCUGCUGCGAAGAUCGAUGUUAUCGUACAGGCAUAUUCGCAGUUGAGGUCACUACUAGCAGACGGUAAGCAAGAACGAUCGCUUGUCCCGCGAUACUGA